UCGCUCCUCCUCCACUCGCGCUCCGCCUCUCUCUCUCUCUCCAUCGAUCCAAGCCCCCCCCCCCCCCCCCCCAGAUCCCCCUCGCCGCCUCGCCACCGCGUCGGCCAUGGCGGACCAGCUCACCGACGACCAGAUCGCCGAGUUCAAGGAGGCCUUCAGCCUCUUCGACAAGGACGGCGACGGCUGCAUCACCACCAAGGAGCUUGGAACUGUGAUGCGCUCAUUAGGGCAGAACCCCACUGAGGCUGAGCUUCAGGACAUGAUCAACGAGGUGGAUGCUGAUGGAAAUGGAACGAUUGACUUUCCUGAGUUUCUCAACCUGAUGGCACGCAAGAUGAAGGACACUGAUUCUGAGGAGGAGCUCAAGGAAGCCUUCCGUGUAUUUGACAAGGACCAGAAUGGCUUCAUCUCGGCAGCUGAACUCCGUCAUGUCAUGACCAACCUUGGUGAGAAGCUUACAGACGAGGAGGUGGACGAGAUGAUCCGUGAGGCUGAUGUCGAUGGUGAUGGUCAGAUCAAUUACGAAGAAUUCGUGAAGGUGAUGAUGGCCAAGUGAGAUGCCAUCUAGUUACUCUCCUGGUGGUAGUAACCAGUGUAGCUUUGAAAACUGACAGCAUUUGGUUAUGGGAAUGAACAUGUUUGUUGUUUGUUUUCUUCUCAGGAAUGUUUGGUAAUUUCGUUUGGAUUUUGUUUGCAGUUGUACAACAUUUGUGUUAUCUUGGUACAAUGAUGCUUUCACCCUCCAAAUUGUCAUAAUCUUCUUGUAGAGCAUGGUGCUGAAGUUCAGGAACUAUGAAACCCUUUGUUUGCGUA